AUGCCGGCACCAUAUGUCGCAAAAAGUGCGCCGAUAGAGUAAAAUUCCGCUGUGAAUAUCUUGAGAACUACGAGGGCGAAGGAAAAUUGUCCCAGAGCUGUGCGGACAUAGGCUCCUUCGAAAGUUCGUUGGGCGGCGCGGAUUUCGACGAGUCUGGGUCGGGUGUCAACUCAUGAUACCUGGGCAAGGGAGAAGGGAGAAGAGAGCAUUACUCCUCUGCUGUCAGAACCACUGAGCGGGCCCGGUGAAGACGGAGAUGCAACCGAUCUUCUGGAUGAGGCUGGAUGGCAUUCAUUAGAUCACUCAUGGUUUAAGAAAGAGCUUCUCAACACAGCAAAUAUGCCCACUCCAUGGCUGGUUCAGGCUGCCACUGAGGCUGAGGCUGAGACUGAGGCUGAGACUGAGGGCAUUCACGAUUCCAUCAACGGAUCCUAG